GGCUGUACGUUCAUGAACGCAAGCACAAAUCUGAAGUAAAAACGAUCAAUUGCUCCCAUCCUGGUUGUGACUAUAAAACUAUGUCUAAAGCAACACUGAAGAUUCACCAGGACGCAAAGCAUUCGAACUAUAAGCCUUUCCAGUGUCACUUAUGUGACUUUCGGUGUAAAGUGAAGGGUAACCUUGAUAAACAUCUGCGUGGUCGUCACAAAAUUGAGGUGAUGACCCUCACGAAACUUUGGGACAAAGUCAUGGCAACUGGUCAAGGCUACAGUACCAUUGUCCAUCGUUUAACGUCUUUCAAACGCAAAGGGGCUAUUGGCAUGGCAAAUGACGGUGAUAUUGAGAAAGAAAUGGAUCAAAACCUCAACGAAGAGACUGAAGUUCUGAAGGACAUUGUUCAAGGUGGGCCAAAUAGAUUCGCUAUAUUAGAUAUUGUCGAGGGUAGUAACCACGUGACAACUGUAGAAUGUGGUAACCACGUGACAACUGUAAGAGAACGUGGAAACCAAAUGAAAGCUGGAGGAGAAUGCGGUAACUACGUGACAAAUAUAGGAGAAGGCAGUAACCACGUGACAAAUAUAGAAGGUAGUAACAACGUUAACGUGACAGCUGUAGAUUUGGUAACCACAUGACAAUGUUAGGCUCAUUCCAUAAAUACUUAACAAUUAUACCUUAUAGUAACUAAACUACGAUUUAUGAUUGAAUUCAGUUAAAACAUGUUUAUCAACAUUUUAUCAAAUACAUUUGUGUAUUGUAAGACAACAAUGAUUAUUUAUCAUAUACAUGAAGACGAGGAGCGUGACUCAACUCUUACAUAAAGACAUUACACAAACCUUUUCCUGAGAUCGAAAAAGAACAAAAAAAAAACCAAACAAACAAAAAAUAAGACAUUAAACAAACAUUCGACAUCUUAGUAAGUGGAUUAUUAAUGGAAGCAAAUUACCCUCCAAAACGUUUACAGGAGAUAUACAAAUACAUGUAAAUGUCGUUUGACAUUUCCGAUUUCGUUGUUACCGUUUCCGAGGUAUAUCUUCAGUUACAAAUAACUUCAUGAAACUUAAGAGCACCCUAAAUGCAUAAUAGUUGUGUAAUGUGCUUAAACAAGUUUCCCAUUUCUAUACCACAUUUCAAAAAACGCUUACCACAAACUUGAUGAUAAUUACAUUAACUAUAUAAUGCCACGCAUAAGUCCCAAUACACUAUAUAGAAACUGUUUUACAAUUCAGUUAAUAUCAUUGAAAUAUUUUCUACUGCAUGUUUUGUUUAAUAAAUUUUGGAAUAUUUUGGAAAGUCGGUCCCUCCCUUGACCUGUUUCGGGUUCCUUAGGUUAGUAUUGGGUAAAAAAAUAUAUAUUGAUAUGUUAUUGCAUAAUCUAUCAUACAUUUCAAGGGAUUCACUUCAAAGAUAAUUCCCAUCAUCAGUGUCAACGGCCAUUUUAAACUUUGAUCAUCCGAUAUUUGUUUCGGUUAUUUUUCAGGAACGAGUGAAGGAAUUCUCCUUGACACUAAACUAAAAAAGUAUUCAUUGAGUUAUAAUUAUUUUUUCUUUGUUUUCAUG